AUGGCGAGUGGCGGUGGCGGUGGCGGUGGCGCUGGUAACACCGGCGCAGGUGGGGGCUCGGGGCUGGGCCUGGGCCUCGGCCUGGGCCUGAGCCUAGGCAUGGGUGAGGCCACCGGCGAGGCGGAGGAGGAGGCUGCCACGGCCGAGGCGGUGGGACGUCUGGCCACGGCUCUGUGGCUGCGGCUCCGCGGCUGGGAGGCGGUGCUGGCGGCAGCGCAGCGGCUGCUGGUGUGGGAGAAGCCGCUGCACAGCCUGGUCACGGCGGCCGCGCUCAACGGCCUCUUCUGGUUGCUGUCUUCCUCCUCCCUACGGCCCUUCUUCCUAGUCAGCAUCUCACUUUUGGCCUAUUUUCUGUUGGAUCUCUGGCAGCCUCGCUUCCUCCCUGACAUUGCAGCAUCAUCCCCAGAGGAGCCACACUCUGACAGUGAGGGUGCGGGGUCAGGCGCCCGGCCGCACCUGCUGAGUGUGCCCGAGUUGUGCAGAUACCUGGCUGAGAGCUGGCUCACCUUCCAGAUUCACCUGCAGGAGCUGCUGCAGUACAAGAGGCAGAAUCCAGCUCAGUUCUGUGCUCGCGUCUGCUCUGGCUGUGCUGUGCUGGCUGUGCUGGGACACUAUGUUCCGGGGAUUAUGAUUUCCUACAUUGUCUUGCUGAGUAUCCUGCUGUGGCCCCUGGUGGUUUAUCAUGAACUGAUCCAGAGGAUGUACACUCGUCUGGAGCCCCUGCUCAUGCAGCUGGACUACAGCAUGAAGGCGGAAGCUGAUGCCCUGCAUCACAAACACGACAAGAGGAAGCGGCAGGGGAAGAAUGCACCCCCCGGAGGUGAUGAGCCACUGGCGGAGACAGAGAGUGAGAGCGAGGCAGAACUGGCUGGCUUCUCCCCAGUGGUGGAUGUGAAGAAAACAGCACUGGCUUUGGCCAUUACAGACUCAGAGCUGUCAGAUGAGGAGGCUUCUAUUUUGGAAAGCGGUGGCUUCUCUGUAUCCCGGGCGACGACGCCACAACUAACUGACGUGUCGGAGGAUUUGGACCAGCAGAGCCUGCCAAGUGAGCCAGAGGAGGCCCUGACUCGGGAGCUGGGGGAGGGAGAGGAGACAGACCUGGCCCCUCCCGAAGACCUGCUGGGCUCCCCUCAGGCCCUCUCAAGGCAAGACUUGGACUUGGAGGAGGAAGAAGAUGUGGCAUCCAAGGAAACCUUGCUUCGGCUCUCAUCCCCCCUUCACUUUGUGAACACGCACUUCAAUGGGGCAGGGUCUCCCACAGAUGGAGUGAUGCUCUCCCCUGGAGGACCAGUGGAGACACUGAGCCCAGAGGCAGUGAGUGGUGAUCUCAUCACUCCACCUAGCGCCCUGUCACCCCUACUUUGCCUUGCUGAAAAUGACCCGGCCCCUUCCCCCUCAGUACUCCCGCCUCUUCCCCAGGACUCACCCCAGCCCCUGCCUGCCCCCGAGGAAGAAGAGGCACUCACCACUGAGGACUUCGAAUUGCUGGAUCAGGGGGAGCUGGAGCAGCUGAAGGCAGAGCUGGGGUUGGGGCCAGAGACAUUCCCAGAGCCCGCUGAUGCUCCACCCCUAGGGCCCAAUACCCCGUCUCUGGUACAGUCAGCCCAAGAGGCUCAGGCCACGGCAGAGCCAUGAACCCCAGGGGAAGGAGUUGCAGGCACAGUAGGGCUUCUUGGCUAGGGAUGUCACUGUUUCCUCCUUUCCCUACUGCCCUGGGGAGGAGCAAUAUGUGGGGAAGCUGGCUAUCAGACGGAGCCAGUCCGCCCUCCACCUGCCUGCCUGCCUGCCUGCCUGCCUGCCUGCCUGCCUGCUGUCCUGGGCCUGGUACAGUACCUGGGAUUGGUUUUAAGCUUGUAAAUAAUUUUACAUUUGGGUUAGUGGAUGUGAACAGGGCUAGGAGAGUCCUUCCCACUUGCUUCCCUGCCUCAACUCUAGUCUCAUUCCACGAUGCCCCAAGCCCUGGUGGUCUGUCCCUUUCUUUUUCCUCCUAUCCUCAGGGACCUGUGCUGCUCUGUCCUCGUGUCCCACUCGGUUGUUUAGUUCAGGCACUUUAUCAUUUUUCUCUCCUGUCCCACGCUCCUCUCUGCUUUAUUUCCCUGCUGUGUCCUGUCCUUAGCAGCUCAAUCCCCACUCUUUGCCAGCUCCUCCUUCCCAGCAGGCCCUGGCUAAGCUUUAGGGAGGCUCCUGUCUGGGAGGUGCAGACGAAGCCCGGGAUGGUGGGUCAGGUCAGUAGUUAUGCACUUAGUCGCUGUAGCCCGUGUAACCUCCACUGCACCCUUGCCCUGGUUCAUCCCAGCCUUUCCCAAUGCAGGAUGGGAGCAGGGAUCCCACAGCACAUGCGCCAGCACGACGUUAGUGAGCAGGAGCUCUGUCUUGUGGGGCGAGGGGCUUUCUUAACUACCUUAGGGAGGAAUAAGAAGACCUGCUUCUCUGGGCCAUGGUCCAAGUGUGGUGGGACCCCCUACUAGGGUCAGGAAAUGGACAGUAACAUCUGUGCAGGUGUUGACUGGAACAAUAAAGUAUUGAUGGCUAGAACUGCUGCUGCCUGCCUGCCGCACUGUGAGCUAUCUCCCUCACUCUGUGCUCUGCCCUUAUUUCAUUGUCCCCCAUCUUGCUCCUGGCUGUUUAUUUACCUUUGUGCAAAACAAGGCAAGAAGCAAGGAUUACCCUGACAUAACCUGCCCUUAGCCAUGUUCUCUGAUGGUGUGAUAUGCUUGGUGAGAUUGAGCACGUACAAAUAAAUUGUAUGCAGGAGGAAAUUGCUUUGGCUUCCCAGUCAGUAGAAAUUUGGGAUCAUAACAAUUGUUUUCUACAGUGUUGCCCACAACCUUAACACUGUCUUAAGAAGUCCUUACCCAUCUACAUGCUGACAAUUAACUCCUUCGGUCCUCAUUUAUCUAUCCUGGGAGAACCAAACAAGCAGGACCUAUACCUGUAUUAAAACUGAUUCCAGGCCCAGGAACAUUAAAGAAAUGGUGUCCAGUGCUAAAUGAAUGCAGGAUAUGUGCUUGGCACUCCUCUAGGUGAUUUAUACUAACUCAUGUUUUUCCCUCAUGACCCUGAGAUAAUAGAUACUGUUAUUUCAUUUUACAGAUGUUGAUUUUCACAAGGCCACGGCCUUAGUACAUGGUGGAGCCAGAAUCCAAACCCAAGCAGUUUGGCUCCAGCAAUCACCCUGGAACAGGAAGCCCCUCUCCAUUAAUAGGGCGCGAAUGGGAAGAUGCUCAGGGCGUGGGAAUGAUAGAGAACCAAUCUGCGUACUAUCUCAGCUUCACAAAGAGUGGUCUCUUAACAAUCCUUGCUCUUUGGGGGAGAACAACGUUAAAGGAAAGCCCAGAACUGAGCAGAUGGCCUUUUUUAUGAGUUCACAUCCUCGGCCUUCAGCUGGAGACACCAUAUGGCAAUGCUGUCUGGCUUUUUGAGGUUGACUUCUAUGCUGCAUCUCUCUUAAGCGUGUGAGAAAUUUUUCUUUUCCAUUUGUUUUACAUUUGCCUGAAAGACUCAGGGUUUCAAUGGCCCUCCCUGUCUUUUGUCACUGAAGGAAUAAGAACUUGUGAUCAUCUAGAAAUUUCUGAAGAGAAUGAGAAAACAGUUAUAAUCAUCAAACAGGCAAUUCAGGAAAAGUAGAAUUAAUCAGAAAAACAAUGGCUGCCGUCUGCCCCACCCAUAAACUAUUUCCUUGUUAAACUUGCAGCUUGAAGAUAGAGCCAGAAGCCUGUAGUUGGGUCAAAACAUUAACCAUAUGUUUGGAGUUCCAUGAGAGUCCAUUCUUGACACUUGCCUUGGUCUGAUGGUUGCUAUAUGUCUACAACUUUUUAUUAUCAGGUGUCCUGGCCAUUUCCUGCCCCAUGAUGAAAGAGACAAGAAGAAAGCUUUUCAUAUGAGUGAAAGAAAAAUGAGCAGAAAUGUGAAACCUACAGUUAGGCUAAAGAAAAAAACGAAGUACAGGCUGGGGGAAAAAGGGUUGGUUACAUGUUUAUGUUUGCAGGGGGGUGGCAGUGCACUUUAGUUAACUACACAUUCAAACAGCUAAUAGUGUAAUGUUGCUGCUCCUAAACUUAAUUUUAGGCUGCAUUACUGGAAAGAAUAUAAUACCUAGAGUGUACCGUGCACAAGUUAGACUACUUCCGGAGGAUGGCUUGCUAUGCUUGUGGACAAGUUGGCAAAUAGCAGAGUGCCCAGAAGAGGAUCACCAGAGAUGAAGGCUGAAAAUGUCAUCACAUGGAGCGUAUGGGGAACUGUGAAGUAACAAUGUUCAAGCCAAGAAGGGAAUGCUGAAGUAAGUCACAUUAGCUGCCGUCAAACUUUGCCGGGUUAUCUGUAGCACUGCAGAGGGCAGAAAUUAAAUCUUUGAGAAGAGUUUGAUUAAUAAUAAUGUAGGCAGAAUUUGUUUUUCUGGUCAGGGAUAUUGCAAAACAGAUUUAAAUGAUCUUUAAAAGUACAAAGAUCAAGGACAGAGAGUAUAAGAAUUUUCCAUCAUGCAAGGACAAUAUAUCACCAUGUUGUUUUGCUUUUCGUGUCCAACUAAAGUCUCUUGGACUUCCUCCUCCUCCCUUAAAUGUUGGUUUUUCACUGGGUCUAUCACUGGCUCACUUCUUCUUUGCAGUCUGCCUGGGCAAUUUCACUUGUUCACCCAUUUAGUUUCCACUCAUAUGCUGAUGACUUCUAAAUCUUAGCUCCUUUCCCAGAACUUCCGACUAAUCAUCUCCACUUGAAUGUCCCAUGAGCACCUUCUGCUCAACAUAACAAAAACUGAACCCAUGCUCUUUCCACUCUGCAUUCCACCCCACUACUCCCCUACACAGAUAGGCUUUUUCUGUAUUUACUAUCAUGCUUGUCGUCACCACCAACUCUGAAGGCCUGGUUUUCUCUCAUCCCACACCCAGUCAAUCCCGAGUUGCUGCUAAUUUGAUGUCCUAAUUAUUUCUUCAUUCACCCCCCUCACAGCCCUGAUUCACAGCCUCCUCAUCUCUCACCUGGCCCAAUGCAACAGUUGCCCUGCCCACACUCUUGUCCCCCACCGAAAUUUAUGCCCCAAAAAGUAGCUAAAUAAGUUAAAAAUACAAAUUGGAUGAGCUUUCUGCUAUUUAAUAGUAAUCAAGGCUCUCCUCCUACAAGGUAUCAUUCAAGCUCCCUGAUAUGGUUAACAAGCCUUCUGAGGGACUUCCCUGGUGGCUCAGUGGGUAAGACUCUGCACUCCCAAUUCAGGGGGCCCAGUUUUGAUCCCUGGUCUGGGAACUAGAUCCCACAUGCAUGCCGCAACUAAGAGUUCGCAUGCCACAACUAAUACCCGACGCAACCAAAUAAAUAUUCUAAAAAAUAAUUUCAAUUAAUUUAUGGAAAAAAAAAAGAAGCCUUCUGAGAUCUGCCCUUGUCCUGUCUUGCUCUUUACACUACAGCAUCAAACCCCAGACAGAUUCUUUCCUUGGCUCAGCUGCACUGCCCUCCUCCACCCCUGCUCUACACCCACACCCCUCAUCCCUCCAGUUGCUAAACAUUUCACUUGUCUUUUAAGAUGUACUUCAGACCACGUUCCAUUUUCGAAGCCUUCCCUGAUGUUCCACAUCACCCACCCCAACCCCCCCAUAGCAGACCUGCUCUCCUAGUGCUCCCUCAGUAUACUGCUGUUUUUCCACAUAUCACAGAGAAUCUUCAUAUGAGUACGGUGUAUGGAGUACAGAGGUGUAUGUGUAUAUGGAUAGAUAGCUGUUGACAAGAGGCCUCAGUUCCUCAUCACACUGACCUCUUCCUAUGGCUGCUUGAGUGUCAUCACGACAUGACAGCUUCCUUCCCUAGAGCAAGUGGUCCAAGAGAGAUCAAGAAGAAAGCCAUAGUGCUUUUUAUGACCUAGUGUCAAAAGUCACACUCUAUCACGUCCACCGUAUUCUAUACAUUAGAAGCAAGUCACUGAGUCCAGCCCAAGCUCUUUAAGGGAAAAGUAGAAAAAAAAUUGUGGACUUUUUUUUUUGGCUGCACCGCUUGUGGAUCUUACUUCCCUGACCAGGAAUUGAACCCGGGUCACGGCAGUGAAACCACUAGUUCUAACCACUAGACCACCAGGGAAUUCCCUUGUGGACAUAUUUUAAAACCACGACACCAAGCUUAUCUGGAAAUUAUAUUCAAGAAUUUGGACUGGCAAUCUACCCAUUAUAAAAAAUAAAGACAAUGUAUCAACACAUGGAAAAUGAACAAAUUUAGUAAUAAUAAUAUACACAGUUAAACAACUAACAAUACACAUAUGUUAGAUUAUUUAGUAUAUGUUAGUCGUAGAUCUAAGUGCUUUACAUGUAUCAUUUUUGUAAUCUUCACCAUCAUGUUUGGAUGUAGGACCCCUUCCCCAUUUUACAGAUGAGGAAAUUGAGGCUUAGUGAGGUAAAAUGGCUUGCCCAAAGUGUGAGGGCUUCUCAUUGCAAUGGCUUCUAUUGUUGAGGAGCACAGGCUCUAGGUGUGCAGGCUUCAGUAGUUGUGGCAUGUGGGCUUCAGUAGUUGUGGCUCGUGGGCUCUAGAGCACAGGCUCAGUAGUUUUGGCCCACGGGCUUAGUUGCUCCGCGGCAUGUGGGAUCUUCCCGGACCAGGGCUGGAACCCGUCCGUGUCCCCUGUGUUGGCAGGCGGAUUCUUAGCCACUGCGCCACCAGGGAAGCCUCUUGAGCCAGAUAAUUAUUUGUCGGUGGUGAUAGAGGCUGUCCUGUUCAUUGUCGAAUGUUUAGCUGCAUCUUCCUUGGCCUCUACCCAUUAGAUGCCAGUAGCACCCUCUCCCCCACUAUCCCCUUCCCCUUCUGGACAUUGAACAACUACGGGGUAGAGGCCAUAAGUUAUUCACCUCUAUGCCCAGGGCCUAGUAUAACAUCUGAUAAGACUUGGUCAAUAUUUAGUGGGUUGAAUCAGAUACAUGUGAAAUCACUGUGUAACCUAUAAAAUCAUAUGAAUUUGAACUAUGCGCCUAAACUAGGUCUAUAAUUAAUCCACAGGAGAGCUAGGGCACUUCAGGACAAGUGACUGAAUAUUGUCACAAAGAUUGGAUAUCACAUACCUGAGAAAGCAAGGCAGACCUCAGUGAAGGCAGAGCCAUGCUGGUCUUCUGAUCUCCUGGGGUCUGAAGUCAGUUCCAAUCAAAGAGUUUCCACACCUGGUUAUUUAAAUAGUAAUAUUUAGAUAUUUAAAUAGUACCUUGCUCUGAAAGGGUGUUUGAUUAUUGAUAACCCAUGGAGAGAUUUGGGAUUUUCCACACUCUGAGAAAACCACCACUUAAGAUUCUUCUUUUCAGUUGCUGAGGAGGUUAUUGAGUCGAUUUGGGGGAGGCAAUGUUGUAUAAUGAAAGAACAUGGCACUUAAGGCAAUGCACAAACCUGGGUCCAGAUCCCAUCUCCAAAAGCAAGUAACUUCAUCUCUCUCAAUCUCAGUUUUCUUAUCUUCAAAAGGGGAAUACAUAAUAUCCACUUCAAAAGGUUUUCAUGGGGGAUUAAAUAAACUAAGAGAUGAGUAAUAGUAGGACAGGACAGUUAGCAAAACGGUUUUUCUUUCCCUUUCAGUAUGCACUGUUUCUCUAAGAGUCAUUUGAGGAGGAGGAAAACCACUAAACUAAACAGAUAUCAUUAAACUAAUAUUUGAGUAGAAUUGGGCCCGAGACAUCCUUGCUGGCAUCCUCAUGUUGACCUUGUCUGCUUUAAACCUGCUGAAGCUGAGAUAAGAGGUGUCUGGCCGUGACUGCACCUGCUGAUUUGUAGAGGAGCCCAUUUCUCCUUUUCCUGUGGGAGGCUGCAGCUCAGCUUCCCACAGCUGAAGCACAAAGCUGCUUAGCAGGUCUGCGUGUGCUUUGUUGGUCUUCAAUAAAAGAGACUUAAGCAAUGCUCAA